AUGAGGAAAAAUGCAAAGUACAAUGUCAAAGUUGAAAUGUUUCUAAAGAAUCAUGAAUUCCUAGCUCCAAAAAGGUAUUCUUAUGCACAAGUUGGGAAGAUAACAAGGUCCUUUAAGGUCAAACUAGGCAAAGGUGGUUUUGGUACUGUGUAUAAAGGAGUGCUAAGAAACCAAAACCAAGUAGCAGUGAAGGUUUUAAAUGAAGUGAAGGGUAAUGGGGAAGAUUUCAUUAAUGAAGUUGCAAGUGUAGGUAGAACUUCCCACGUUAAUAUAGUAAGCCUUAUGGGAUUUUGUUUGGAGGGUCGCCAAAGAGCUUUAAUCUACGAAUUCAUGCCCAAUGGUUCCCUAGAGAGGUUCAUAUACAAUCAAAGUUCUUCGAGUAGUAGCCAACUUGGAUGGGAAAAGUUGCACCAAAUUGCAAUUGGGAUUGCUAGAGGUCUAGAAUAUUUGUAUAGAGGUUGUAGCACACGGAUACUACAUUUUGACAUAAAGCCACAUAAUAUCCUAUUGGAUAAUGAUUUUUGUCCUAAGAUAUCUGACUUUGGCAUGGCUAAGUUGUUCCGUGAGAAAGAAAGCAAGAUAUCCGUGUCCCAUAUGAGAGGAACGCCUGGUUAUAUUGCUUCUGAAAUAUUUUCUAGGAACUUUGGAGAGAUUUCUCAUAAAUCAGAUGUAUAUAGUUAUGGAAUGAUGAUUUUAGAAAUGGUCGGAGGGAGGAAAAAUAUUGAGGUUAGAGUUGAUAAUACAAGUGAGAUAUACUUUCCUCACUGGAUAUAUAAGAAGGUUGAAUUGCAUGAUGAACAACUUGGACUGAGUGAGAUUGUGAGUGAAGAAGAAAAUAGGACUGCAAGGAAAAUGAUAAUUGUGGGGUUGUGGUGCAUACAAACGAAUCCCUUGACCCGACCUUCAAUCACUAAAGUAUUGGAAAUGUUAGAAGGAGACGUAGCAUCAUUGGAAAUCCCUCCAAAACCUUAUAUAUCAUCCCCAUCAAGGUGUGUCGGUUCCCCAUCUACAGAUUCCUUGCAUGACACUUUGUAA